GCGUUAAACACCAAACCACGAAAGAAAAUGAGUUGCAACUGUAACGGUGCCGUCAAAACUCCCGUUACACCGUUGCAACAACAGAUUAGAGAGAGAAAGUGAGGACCACACCCACACCCAAUAACAACCUUUCAAACGGUAUUUCUGCCAUCAGCCUCAUCGUCAUCAUCACCUCCACUCUCGUUCAAACUCAACAACAGAAAAUCAUACAACAAGAUAUUAUUCUAUUUCAGGAUCUAACGUAACUAACGCCUCAUCAUUUUCACUUUCAGCUGAUUACAUAUCAUCAUGUUCGUGUGAAUUUAAAUCACAGUUGCCAACGAGAAGUGAAUGAUGACCGGAGCUACGGCGGUGGAGGACGCUGCCGGAGAGAAGUCACAGACGUCAACGCUACUUCAUAAUACGACGGAAAAACUUCAAUUCACCGAUCUGGAGGAAAGUGUCAAACUGAAGUUUCAUCCGUACAGAAAACCUAGAAACGAGAUUAAGGCUGGAUCAGUCUCACCGGAGAUAACUACAGAAAUUCCGUCGUCGGUUAUCAGUUCUCGCCGUACAUUGCCGAGGACCGGAGCUACGGCGGUGGAUAAACAUCCCGGAGAGAAGUCGCCAACGCCAACGUUAAUUCAAAUCACGACGGAAAAGGAUAGUCGUCGUCCGUGUGUUGCCGCCGGUUGCCUUAGCUUCAAUCAUUCGAAAAAACUUCAAUUCACCGAUUCAGAGAAUAACAUCAAAUUGAAGUUUCAUCCGUACAGAAAAGAAUCAGUCUCGCCGGAAAUGAUUACAGCAAAUCCAGCAACGGUUACCAGUUCUCGCCGUACAGUUCCGGCAGCUGAAAUCGAAGAAUUCUUUGUGUCUGCUGAGAAAGAACGUCAAAAACGUUUCAAGGACAAGUAUAAUUACGAUAUUGUAAAGGAUACUCCAUUGGAAGGUCGGUUCGAGUGGAUUCAACUGAAGCCGUGAAGACGAUGAAAAAUGAAUAUUAAAUGCAAAAUUCAUGUCAUGUACUAGUUAGAAGAUUGUUAGAUAUUAUUCAAAUUUGAAUUGCAUCUGUUUGGAUCUUGUUACAGUUAGUAGUACAGUAGUUACUUGCAUUUU